UGACAACAAUAAAAAUCAAAACAAAACAAAACCCUCAAAGAACUCAACUUUAACCACACUACUACUCCUUUCUCUCUCUCUCUUUACACCUCAAAAUAACCAGAAACCACCCAAGAAAGCAAAAGAGCUUGAACGAAAAACAAACAAAAAUGGAUGAAUUUGAUGCAACAAGCAUUUUGUUCAACAGAAUCAGAAGCUUAGACCCAGAAAACGCCUCAAAAAUCAUAGGUUUUAUCCUCAUUCAUGACGUUAAAGAUACAGAUUUGUUGCGUUUAGCCGUAGGCCCUGAAACCCUUCUGCAAUCUUUGAUUAUCAAAGCCAAAAAUCAGUUGGGACUUUCGGCAAACACUUUUUCUGCACCCACUUCACCUUUACCUAACCCCAUUGCUAGACUCGGCAACACGGCAAACAACAAUGUUAACAACAACCCAUUUGCGAAACUAUCUCCUAGAGUUGCCAAUGGGAUGCGUGAGUUUGCAAAGAACUCAUCUUUACCUGACCCAAAGUCAAGUCCUUUCCUUUCAUAUGAAAACAUACGUGCAGGGUCUUGUUUGGUGCCUCCGCAUCUAAAAAAUGUUGGGGUUGUUGUCGGUGAGAGUGGUAGUGACUUUAUGGAUGAGCUUCAGUUUAAUGAUUAUCUUUCAUUUUUGGAUGAGUCCUCAAAAAACGAGGACUUUAUUGGUGGAAGAAGUCAACUGGGUUUCGAUGGGGAUUGGGGUGGGGAUGUGAGUAAUGUAGAUACCCAUUUUCAUAGAAGAAGUUUCUCAGCUAGUGAUGCAUGUUUUGGUAGUGAAGAUUCAAAUUUUAAUGUUGGUUAUAAGCCUUGUCUUUACUUUGCUAGAGGCUUUUGCAAGAACGGUGACAAUUGCAGGUUUGUUCAUAGCCAUUUUAAUGAGAAUGAUGGAAAUGGUUUUCUGGUUGGUUCUCCUAGCAAAAUGGAGGGUGUUUAUCUGCAACCUGAAGAUAUGAUGAGAAUGAAAGGAGCUUUGCAGCAGCAGAGAUUGGCUGCUUCACAGUUUGGGGCCGGAGUUUCGCCGCCAUCGCCUUAUGACUUUCUUUUGCAACAACAAAAUGAUAACCAGAGAGCGGCCACCGCAGCAUUGCUGUUAGGUGAUGAACUUUACAAGUUCGGCCAUGGCCGAGCUGAAAGGAAUGACUUUUUGGCAAUGGGAUUGGGAGAGAAGGGGAGCUCGGCGAAUAGACAGAUCUACUUGACAUUCCCAGCAGAUAGCUCUUUUAAGGAUGAAGAUGUUUCUAAUUACUUCAGCACUUUUGGACUAGUGCAAGAUGUGAGGAUCCCAUACCAGCCGAAGCGAAUGUUUGGGUUUGUCACUUUUGUCUACGCAGAGACUGUGAGACGCAUUUUGGCCAGAGGGAAUCCUCAUUUUAUAUGUGAUUCACGUGUGCUUGUCAAGCCCUACAAGGAAAAAGGAAAAGUUGCCGAGAAGAGGCAACAGCAGUUUGACAGGGGGAAUUUGUCACCAUGUUCAAGCCCUUCUGGGGUUGAUUCCAGAGAUCCAUAUGACCCUCUUGGAGCAAAGAUGUUCUACCAAACACAGGACAUGAUGUUGAGAAGAAAAUUUGAUGAGCAACUUGAGCUGCAGCAAGCGAUUGAAUUCCAAAGGAAAAGGCUUAUGAAUCUACAACAGCCGAAUUUGAAGAAUCAGCCUAUUAACCAUCACCAGCGUAGUCUAUCAGUUGGCAAUCCUGUCACCUUACCUACUCAAAAUGAUAUCAACCAGAAUCUUGUUCUUCCAUCUGGUGUUAUCAAUCAAGAAGUGUCGGAAGGUGGUAGCUCAAUUGCCAAUGUUCCCUUAACCAUCGCUGCUGAUAUGGAGCUACAUACUCAGCCAGAACUGAAGCAAGCUCAUCUUGAGAAGGAUGGUUGUGGCGAUACGAAGGAGGAAAGCUCCAACCCAGUAGGGUGUGAUCUCCAUGAACGAAGUCAUGGUAGCAGCAUCGAGCUCACUCUCCCUGAUAACCUCUUUGCUUCUACAAAAAAGCCAGCCGAGGGUAGCACACCCGACUUAUCCACUGCAGCAGCAGUCAAUGAAAGCACUGGAAUCUCAGCCUCACCCUCUUCUGAAAGUAACCUAGAAAUGCCCUCUACUUCUGUGACUGACAUGGCUUCACGUUUUAUGAUGGGCAUGAAGCUAUCCAAAUGUAGAAAAGUAGAAAAGCAUAUACAAGAAGAAGAAUCCUCUAAGAUGUAUAGCCAAAUUAUACCUGCACUGAAGAGUAGAUCAGUAGAAGCAUCAAUACAAAUACUACUAACAGCAAACGCAUAUUGGAUACAUAAACGUUCCGACAAUGUUGUGCGUCGGAACAUGUCUCAUACAAUCAAUUUAAUGAAUGUGUUUUGGCCAUUAAACUCUGCGUUGGUGCCAAUGAUCUGUGCACCAAUGCUACGGCUUUUGUUUGGGAUCACUGUCCGCAAAAUCAACCGGGAUGCAGGAUUUUCAUCUGUAGAGACAUAUUCUGCAUUAGAGAAGGGCAAUUCUUCCUGUGGUGAUAGUAAUUUUUCAAAGGGAUUAUUGUGUCACUUUUCUGGCACUUUUGGACUAGUGCAAGAUGUGAGGAUCCCAUACCAGCCGAAGCGAAUGUUUGGGUUUGUCACUUUUGUCUACGCAGAGACUGUGAGACGCAUUUUGGCCAGAGGGAAUCCUCAUUUUAUAUGUGAUUCACGUGUGCUUGUCAAGCCCUACAAGGAAAAAGGAAAAGUUGCCGAGAAGAGGCAACAGCAGUUUGACAGGGGGAAUUUGUCACCAUGUUCAAGCCCUUCUGGGGUUGAUUCCAGAGAUCCAUAUGACCCUCUUGGAGCAAAGAUGUUCUACCAAACACAGGACAUGAUGUUGAGAAGAAAAUUUGAUGAGCAACUUGAGCUGCAGCAAGCGAUUGAAUUCCAAAGGAAAAGGCUUAUGAAUCUACAACAGCCGAAUUUGAAGAAUCAGCCUAUUAACCAUCACCAGCGUAGUCUAUCAGUUGGCAAUCCUGUCACCUUACCUACUCAAAAUGAUAUCAACCAGAAUCUUGUUCUUCCAUCUGGUGUUAUCAAUCAAGAAGUGUCGGAAGGUGGUAGCUCAAUUGCCAAUGUUCCCUUAACCAUCGCUGCUGAUAUGGAGCUACAUACUCAGCCAGAACUGAAGCAAGCUCAUCUUGAGAAGGAUGGUUGUGGCGAUACGAAGGAGGAAAGCUCCAACCCAGUAGGGUGUGAUCUCCAUGAACGAAGUCAUGGUAGCAGCAUCGAGCUCACUCUCCCUGAUAACCUCUUUGCUUCUACAAAAAAGCCAGCCGAGGGUAGCACACCCGACUUAUCCACUGCAGCAGCAGUCAAUGAAAGCACUGGAAUCUCAGCCUCACCCUCUUCUGAAAGUAACCUAGAAAUGCCCUCUACUUCUGUGACUGACAUGGCUUCACGUUAAUAUUUUUCUUUUUCAAUGCCAAGGUUUUAUGAUGGGCAUGAAGCUAUCCAAAUGUAGGUAAUAAAGAAAAGUAGAAAAGCAUAUACAAGAAGAAGAAUCCUCUAAGAUGUAUAGCCAAAUUAUACCUGCACUGAAGAGUAGAUCAGUAGAAGCAUCAAUACAAAUACUACUAACAGCAAACGCAUAUUGGAUACAUAAACGGUAGACGAACUGAUUCGUGAUAGUAGGGCUUUUUCUCUUUUCUACUUUCUAGUUGUGUUCUUCAUCAUACAGACUAUAAGCCUGAACUACAAGGGAUUAAAACUCUUAUUGCACAGUUAUAAAUACAUAGUUUUCCCCCUUUUACCAUCCUUCUCUUAUCUCUUGUAAAGUUGGCCCAAAAAAGGACUGACUAAAAAAGAACUUGUCUGAGUAGAAGCAAACCUAGGGAGUCUCAAUGAGCUGAAAUAGGUAGUUUUGACACACCACUGGAAAAUCAAUCUCUCCUGACGAGAACUCUCGACUUGGAGCAAGAAUGCCAGAAUAUUAACUGAUUUCUGACUCUGCGUUGGAACUGAAUCAACAAUGUCCCGAUAUAGCCACCAUUGGAACAUUGUCCAUACACCCAUGCAAGCCAAUGUUGGUGUAUGGUUAAUCAUAUUCCAGCACAUUGUUGUGUUGGUGUACUGGAAUUCAGUUCCGACACUGUUGUGCAUCGGAACAUGUCUCAUACAAUCAAUUUAAUGAAUGUGUUUUGGCCAUUAAACUCUGCGUUGGUGCCAAUGAUCUGUGCACCGAUGCUACGGCUUUUGUUGGGGAUCACUGUCCGCAAAAUCAACCGGGAUGCAGGAUUUUCAUCUGUAGAAACAUAUUCUGCAUUAGAGAAGGGCAAUUCUUCCUGUGGUGAUAGUAAUUUUUCAAAGGGAUUAUUGUCACUUUUCUGGGUAUUUUAUACUGUGGUUGAUGGGAAAUCAUGCAAAGGAAAACAGUUUUUCAGAUGAAUAAAAAGUAGGAGAA